AAGGUACUAUUAGUAUUAUGCAAGAGUUUUUGGAUUCAUCAAUUCGGGGAAUACCUGGAAUUAUGCGAGCCCAUGCCGAAAAAGUUAGGCGCCAUAAAAUUAAGGAUGAUGGUUCUUUUGUCGAAGAAGAUACUUUUGUUAUCAAUACUGUUGGGAAAAAUUUAUAUGAAAUUUCGUUUCAUCCUGCCAUUGAUACAAGCACCAUGAUUUCUUCUUCUGUGGGAGAAGCUUAUAGACUUUUUGGAGUCGAGGCCGCUUGCACAAAAAUUGUAACUGAAACUAAAGCCUUUAUGGAGGAUAAUACGCCCAAUCUACGCCAUCUCUAUUUAUAUGCUUAUGAAAUGACACGUACUGGGAAGGUUACUAUAAAAAAAGCCACACUUGAGGGGGCCCAAAAUCAUAUAUAUGGUAUUGCUGCCCAUCAACUUUUAGGUGCCAUUCCAGAAAUUGGAACUAUGUACAAUUCUGUUGUCAUUGAUGAAGAUUUUCUCAAGAAAAAUCUCAAGAGUAGUGACUCGAUCUUGGAUUCUCUUUAA